UUUGAUAUUAAAAUGGAUACAACUGGAACAAGCCUUACUUCUGCAGGCUUAAAAUUAAUAUUCAAUACUAAAAGUGCAGACUGGUUUUUGGAAGAGGCAUCAUUUUCUUUUUCUGCUAAAGAUAUAAAAGAGGAUAACAUAAGCUUAGUAUUUUCCAAAAUAGAUGCUCCACGCAAGUUUUCUUACAGUUGUUAUAACACAAUUUUCAAAAUACGUAAUGUAACGGCUAUUUCUGGCAAUAUAACUUUUGAUUUUUUUCAAAUACAGCCAUUUAAAAUUGGGAGUGACAAUUUUGCAGAAAGCUUUGAUUGUGUGACAUUUUUUACCAUUCCAAUAUGGAUGGGCUUUAUGGUCGUCAUUCUUCUCACUGCCAUCUUGGCCUUUGGCAUCUACAUGCUUUUCAGCAUACACACUAUGGACAGAUUUGAUGAUCCGAAAGGAAAACCUCUUUCCGUACCAACUACGGAUUAAUGUUUAAAUAAAAAAUAUCUAUUACAUUCCUUAAAAAAUUCAUGCACAUAAUUCAUAGGAUAUAAUUUAAACAGAAAUUAAAUAAGUGUACAUAUGUAUACAGAUCGUACAGAAUAGCCUAAUGCGUUAUUUGAUGUCAGUAACAGUGUAUAGUGAAAGAGUACAUCUUCACAUACUAGUCCAGAUUAUAUUUUGAAGUGUUGUGAAUUUAUUUUGUGUGUAUAUAAAAUAAUUUCAUGUUUGUAUUUAAAAUGAAAUAUUUAUUAUUUAAUUUCCAUUCUUUAUUUUAGAAAUAUUUCUUCUGAGUAUGAUUGAAAUUAUUACGAGUACUUCAUAAAUAAAAUGCUUCCUCUAAUUAGUUAAGAAAUUGAUCUCGUAUAGCAAAGCAUUAAGAUUGACAUCUGUACAAUGAAUAGUUUGAUGAAAGAAAAAAAUUUCAUUACUAUUCAAUAGUAUUAAACAACUGAAGCAAAUUAAUUUAAAAUCAUUAAUAGCAGUUACUUUUUUCUUCCUGAAUACUUUCUUUUACAUUGUAAAAUAUUGUUAAGUUUUAAAGUAAAACUACUUAUAGUGCAGUAAUUGCAAGUCUCCUUCUGUGUUGUUUAUAAAUGUUCAGUCAUAUCCAUUUUCUUUAAAAAGAUUUUUGUACUAACAAUAAAUGAACAUUAAGGAAACUGAAA